AUAUUGAAGCAAUUGAUUUACAUUCAAUAUUUAAGAUCGUAGUACAAUUUCGUCCACUGAAGAGCUGUAAAAGGCAGUUCAGAGAUUAUGCCGCAUAUAUGACUCAAAGCGCGUAAAGAAGGAAAGAAAAUAAUCCCUUGCAUGUACUAUACAGAAAGAAAUUGAUUUGCAGAUCCAAGCAAGAUUUGCAAAUCAAUAGUUUUGCUCACUUUGUUAAAAAGGUUUACCUUCAGCGCUUUCGCGAAAUUAGCAAAGUAUAUUACGAUGUACUUUUGGCACGUAAGAUAUAUAGUUCGGGAACUCAGUUCCAGAGCCGUAUUCAAAACUUUUUAAUUUAAUUUUGAUUAAUUUGGUUGUAGACACACAUCAAGACUUAUUUAUAGUAAAGAUUUCCAAAGGGUUGCUUUGACCGCAUGACAAAAUAGGCUUUUCGAAGCACAAAUCUUGACCGAGCGUCCCAGCGAAAUUCAUUUGUUGUUCAAGAGGGUUAGGGCAAUGAUUCCUGCAUCUGUUGCUUAUACGGGGCUAUUAAUUUAAAUUCUAGUUGUGUAGAUACUAUUCCUUCUUACUCGCGCUUUCGUUAUAGUGUUUUGGUACAUAUAUAUCUGAAAUUUUGGUGCCGAGUCUAUCGUAAUUUCCAAAAUAAAUUCAUGCUGGAGACCAAAACAACGUUGAAUGCUACCAAUAAUUUUCUUGAGUUUAUUUGAGAUGAAAAAAUAUGCCAUGUACCAUUAUUAAGAAUGCUGCAUUGUUGGUCACGAACUGUAGCUAUGGAUCGUUUUGCUGAUUAUUCAUAGCUAUGAUUGUUGUAGUUGUUGUUGUUGAACAAAAUCGGUUGUCUCGCAACUAAUAUUGCCCAAUCGAUAUAAAAUUUUCAGCAAUCAUGGAUGAGUGAAGCCAAUAGAAAGCUGUUAUUUUUAUUUGUUGAAUCUAAUUAUUAUUGUAGUGUGAUAAAUUACAUGCUAACAUUGAAAUGUCAAAUCAACAAGCAGUUGGUGCUACGGCAGUCUCGACCACCAAAAGCAAACAUCAACUUCAAACAAAGUAUUUUUGUCAAGUUAGUGCUCAAAAGCAGAUCGUUGAAGUCGUGAUGGAAAUAUCAGCCAUUGAAACAAAACUUCAACGCCGAUUACCUUUACGUUACGCCCUUGUAAUUGACGUGAGUGGAAGUAUGGACAGUCACGUAGGCAAUAAAUCGGAAUCUUUGCUCGACAGAGUCAAGAUAUUCGCGGAACUGGUCGUUCAAAACAUCGCUACUGAAGAUUCACUCGCCAUAGUCACGUUUGCAGAUGAUGUUAUUACAGAUAUGAAAAUGACUGUGAUGAACAAUGCCGCUAAGAUUAAAGCAAAGAACGUUAUUAAAAGUCUCGAUACAAGAGGUCAAACUAAUCUUGAAAUUGGACUGAUGGCAGGAUUACAUGUGCUUAAACAGGAUUCUGGAAAGCAUGAUCGAGAUUUGAUUAUUGUAUUCACGGAUGGAAUGGCCAAUUUAGGCGAAACCGAUCCGGAGCAACUUGGCAUCAAAUACAAAAAUUAUCAGAAGACAAUGAAUAAAACUAGCUGUGUACCAAUUUCGGCAUUCACAAUUGGUCAAUACGCACCAGUGUUGCUAAAAGAGAUUGCAGGACAUCUUGGAAGUGAUGCGUUUUACUGGUUGAACGAAGAAGAGGAAUUUGAGGCUGACAUGCUAAUACCCGUAUUUCUUAGGGAAACAACUCGCGUUACCGAUGUCAGUAUCGACAUGAACUGCUUGAAAGGCGUUAGUUUCGAUGAGAAUCACAUUUCUGGAAAACAUCUACUGGAAUCUUCUGGAAAGAUGGCGAAGUACUUCAUACAUGCAAUACCGGAAGAUACCAAGAAGCAUAUUCCAUUUACACUCGUGUUACCUCAUGACGAAUUGAAAGAGUUGGAUGGCCAACAUAUUGUCGAUAUAAAAGUCAAUUAUCUUGACGACAAGAUGAAUAAACAGAAUGUGGAUGAUUUUGUGAUACUAUGCACCAAAACUUUGAGCGAAUGCAAAAACGAAAAAACGGGAGGGAGAAAAGGUCACGAAGCCAGUAUCAUGAAUGAAAUAUCGUCAUUCACAAUUUUUCAAAAAACAGUUAACGUCAAUUGGAUAGAAGCUCAGACUUCUCUCGUUUGUAUUGCUGAAGAAAAAUACAGAAAUUUGUGCAUGAUCGGAAUAAAUAACGCUGAAAAUUAUAUUAUCAAUGGAGAUAUGGAAGGACAUGGGAAGGCAAUCCAAGAUGCAAUUUUAGAAAUCAAUGAAAUUAGAAAACAAUAUACGGCUAUACUAGGAGAUAGCAGUAAAUAUGCGAAACAACUCAACGAUGAUGCUGAUAGCUGGAUAAAAAAACUUAAUUUUGGAAAAACUAUUAAAACAGAAGAAAGUCUUGGUAGACUUUUUGCAAUGCAAUCCUCCAUAGCUACAGAAAUGCCAACAGCGAGAGGAGUUUUCGAUCCGAAAAUCAAACAGCCAUAUUUGCAUUAUGAAAUUGAAAAGAAGCUCACACACUAUGAAAAGAUUGUAAAGAAGUUUAAAAGGCUUGAGGAUUUCGGAACCUCCAACGUCUUUGAGGGGAAAACGGUACUCAUAUCAGAAACUUUACGAACACGAAAAAUUGGAGCAAAACGAGAAUCGUAUGCAGAAAUUGUAAUAAGGUGCGGAGGAAGGCCAGAAUAUUUUGUUAUUGUGAAUCCUUAUAAAAUGAGACCUGGCUGGUAUGUCGAAAAGAACUAUGAUGAUUUCUUACUCGUUUGUUGCAAAAAAGAUUAUAAAAAAAAUUCAAUGUCAGUUCGUGAUUCUAGAAAAGUAAAGAUUCCAAUCGUUCGGAAGGAUUUUUUGUUUGAAUGCAUUAGAAGAAAAAAGUUUUUAAAUAUGGAAAGUUAUCUUUUUCGAAAAAGUUAAUAUCAUGAAUGCCUGGAAGAAGGAUCUUCAUAAUGCGAGCCCCAUUUUCCGCUCAAACAAUUGAUAAAAUUACCAUAUACUGGAUACUAUAUCAUGACUGGAUUAUCGUAGAAUUAGAUGGGUGCACAUGGGUUCCUCGAUCGCCGUUUCUUCAAUCCUAUGCAUUCAACCUUGUAUAUUCUUUUCUUACGAAUUCGGCAUUCUAAAUUUUUCAGUCUUAUCAAUUUAUCAUGUAUUUAUUUCAGUGUUAUUUAAUGUUCAGCUGUAAAGAUUUUGCUCGUUUUUUGACCGAUACUAUUUACAGUAUACCAUAAUAUAUUGUCAUCGAAUUGUGACAGCUUGAAUGACGUAGCAUUAUUAAUAUGCCUUUUAAAAUAUUAGGACGAAGAGCGUUGCUCGGAAACUUUCCUUGUUAAACUCCUAAAUAAAAUACAUUUCAAUAUACUGUAUGUGUAUAGGAGUUGUUUUCACGCGGGAUUCCGUGGCACCAUAGGCCUAAAAUUCCGCCAGUACAGUGGUUCCCUAUAUUAUUAUAUUUACAUUGUUUUAAUAUAAUCAUAUACUUAUUGAGUUAAUCACUAUUAUUAGACAUUCUACAUUUUAAAGGUUUUUUUUUACAAAUUUUAGGCUUUCGUUUGUAUAUACAUUCACAGUUUUUAGAAUUAUUCGUACAUACAGCAAAACAUACAAAUAUUGCACGGGGGUUCCCCGCCUCUGAUAUGUUUCAUUGGGAUUCGUCUCAACAAAUCAAAAUUGAAAAUUGGUGUUCAAUGCAAAUAAAUAUGCAAAAAUUAUUGGUUCUGG